GUGCAACCACCUCCAUGAGGUCUUUUGGUAACAACAACAGCUGAUUGCAGUAACAUAGUUUUCAAGUCCCCAUAUACUCACAAUCUUUUGUGUAUAAAGUAGCAUCUGAACAGCUCAGUCAAAAUGAGCGAUGAUAAUUCAGUUUUGGAAAAGUUUGUAUCAGAGGUAUGGUUUGCUAUUGUUUCCUUAAUGGUCAUUACAAAGAACGAUUGCAACUUUGAUAUCGACAAUGUUGAUUUUAAAACGAAGGAGGAAAUAUUGCAAGAAUGCCGUAAAAAGUUUGAGGACCAUACCGUUUCUGGAUUGCAUACUUGUCUUUGUUGUUUGCGAAUAUUGACGCGCGACAAUAUCCUGCGGAAGGAACUUACAUCCGAGUUUUUUUUAUCCCAACUCUUCAAAUAUGCCUUCGAAUAUAACUACAACCUUGAGUAUUCUAAAACUAGUCUAGAAGCUCUAAAAUCUCUUUCCAAUAUUGUAUUUAAAGAGCCAUGUGUCAUAGGACCACUUAAGUCAGUCGUACCUCUGUAUUUUAACUGUUUAGGACCAUGGGUUUCAUUAAAAAUGUGCUAGAAAGUGUGGAUAUCCUCAUUGAAACUGAAGAUAAUGAGAAGCUCCUGUUAUGUCUUAAGCUUCUUUUUCUUGUUACCGCUCUGGAUUCAGCUUCAAGACAAGAACUAAUGGAAUCGAACGCUCUGCGAAUGCUUGUGAGAGUCGUGAAUAUGAAAAGAUCAAACAUAACCGAUUCGAAUGUUUCAGCAGAAGCACUUAAAGUUGUAUAUAACGUACUCUACUCAACUAGAGACGAAUAUAUAACUAAAGAGUUAGGUGAUGACAUACAGAAUCUGGUGGUAAUGUUGAGGUGCAUUUUACAAGAUCCAGUAUUGGAUGAAUUCACUAAUUAUGCUUUGGUCAGCCAGGUGGUCAACGUAUUGAACAUCAUUCCGAAACAUUUAUACAAAUACCUUUUAGAUGAAAAUUCUAGAGAUCAUGUCACUGAUAGCUCAAUCAAAGAUUCGGCUUCAGAAAACAAAACAAAUGUGAUGUCUACAAUUGAAAUUUUGAUAGCCUUUCUUCACUCACAGCUUAAGUUGGAUGCUCGUAAGGAAUCCGAAACUGCUAACGAUAUACGAACUGAUGAAAGGAUUUGUCCGAUUUUGAACUGUCUUACGCGAGCAAGUAAAUCAAAUCGUCAGAUCAGAAAAUUUUGUCGCUUAAGGGUACUACCUUACCUGGGUAAGGAUGUUAAACGCCUACCAGAAGAUGGCGAUAAUAUAAGAAAUUACCUUUGUAAAUUGCUAACACAUCCAGUUCAAAUUGUCGGUGAAUCAGCAGCCUUAUUUAUCUUUGUACUUUGCAAGGAAAACAUUGGGCGAGCAGUGAAAUACACGGGCUUUGGAAAUUUCGCUGGAUUUUUAGCACGUCAUGCUUUACUUGGGAAAACAUCAAAGGUUAAUAAAGAAUCUAAUUGUAAUGUCGAGUCAGAUGGUGAAUAUUCUGCUACAUCGACGGAAUCAGAAACGGAAGAAUAUAAAAAGUUGAAGGAAGAUGUGAACCCUGUAACAGGUCGAUGGGAAAUCCCACAACCGAACCCAAUGGAAAACAUGUCUGAAGAACAAAAGGAAUAUCUUGCUAUGGACUUAGUACAGAAAAUCGACAAACUUGAGAGAUCUGGAUUAAUUCAACCAGGAACUAUCGGUGAAGAUGGUCGAGUGAGGCCUGUAAAACAUGUACUUGAACUUAUUCAGACAAAAGAAGAUGAUCAAAAGUCAGACGAAUCUGUAAACUAGGGAAGGAUAGGUUGAAGAGCUUUUGUGUGUGCAAUAAGGUUAGUGUAUCAAAAACCGAAGUCUGUUUUGGACAUCCACCAAAAAAACAACUGAAUAAUACAGGCCGUUGUGCAUUUGAUUGUUUUUUGAAUUGCUUUGAUGACAACUGUUGAAUACAAAAAUCAAAAUUUUAAUUUUACAAAUGUGCUUCAUCUUGAUUCUCUUUACAUUAUAAAAACAGUGGGAAGUUAGAAUGUAAAG